CCGGGUCAGAGCGCACCGGGUCAGAGCGCAGGUCACUGUAGGACCACAGUCUUCUCCUCCAGAGCAGAGCGCGCACUCCAGGACCCUGUGCGCACGGACAUGUCCAGAGAGGAGCAGAGCCUGUCGGACGUGGAGCUCAGCCCCGGGUCAGAGGACAGUCAGUCCCUGUCCCCGGGCCGCGGGGGGGACUCUCCCCUCACUGGACAACAGCGCCAUGUGCACGAGCUGGACGCGCCCGCGGGACCGUCCUCCUCCAGGUCCGACGACGAGGACGAGCGCUUCCCCGCGGGCAUCCGCGAGGCCGUGAGUCAAGUCCUCAACUGUUACGACUGGACCCUCGUGCCCAUGCCCGUGCGCGUGAACACCGGGGGGAAGAACAAGCCGCACGUGAAGAGGCCGAUGAACGCCUUCAUGGUGUGGGCCCAGGCCGCGAGGAGGAAACUGGCGGAUCAGCACCCGCAUCUGCACAACGCAGAGCUCAGCAAGACCCUGGGCAAGCUCUGGAGGCUCCUUAAUGAAAACGACAAACGGCCUUUUAUUGAAGAAGCAGAGAGACUGAGGAAGCAGCACAAGAAGGACCACCCCGACUACAAGUAUCAGCCGAGACGCCGCAAGAACGGCAAGACGGGCCCAGGCUCAAACACUGAGGCUGAGGGCCUCUCGGAGGGUGAGCUCGGGCAGUCCCACUACACGGGCCUUGACCUGGAGGAGGAUGAAAGUGGGGGGGCUGGGUCUCCUUUGGCAGGUCAGACUCACAGCCCCCCAACACCACCCACAACUCCCAAAACAGAGCUGCACCCCGGAAAAGACGGCAAAAGAGAAGGAGCCGGGCUCUGCCGCGGGCCCCUGGCGACAGACGGAGGCCCUGGAGGAAAACCUCACAUUGACUUUGGAAACGUGGACAUUGGAGAGAUGAGCCAUGAGGUCAUAUCCAACAUGGAGCCUUUUGACGUCAACGAGUUUGAUCAGUAUCUGCCCCCGAACGGGCACCCGGGGGUGACCCAGGGCACGGGAGCGGGGUCUGGGUCGUCCGCCUCCCCCGCCUCGUCCUACGCCUACGGCAUCUCUAACGCUCUGGCCGCAGGAGGACACUCGGCCUGGCUGUCCAAACAGCAGCCUCAGCCUCAUCACGGGGGCGAAGCGUCUAAAGCCCAGAUUAAGAGCGAAUCGGGCAACGGCACAGGCUCCUUCUCUGAGGCUCCAGGGGCCCACAUAACCUACACCCCCCUGAGCCUGCCCCACUACAGCUCAGCUUUCCCGUCUCUAGCCUCCAGGGCCCAGUUCACAGAUUACGCUGAGCAUCAGGGGUCAGGCCCUUAUUACGCCCACUCCAGUCAAACAUCAGGGCUGUACUCGGCCUUCUCCUACAUGGGCCCCUCACAGAGGCCCCUGUACACUGCCAUCAGCGACUCCGGAGUACAAAGCUCACACAGCCCCACACACUGGGAACAGCCUGUCUACACCACUCUGACGCGGCCAUGACAAACACCCAACAUCCAGGGCAGUAGUGCCGGGUCCGCCUCCGAACC